AUGGAUUCUGUCGCACAUCGGCCCUGGGAGGCCGUCUCCUCGAGCCCUCAUACCCCCGCCGGACUGACUCAAACGUUGCCCUCCAUCUCGACAUUGACCGCCAACAUUGGGCCCGGGAAUCAUAAUGCCUCUGAGAAAUCGCCUGGAAACUCCUCGCUCAACACCAUUGAACGCGACUCGGGGAAUUGGUCAAUGCCGCACAGCACAAGUAGGGUCCCUCCGCUCUCUGGGGAAAAUCGGGCGCGGCAUGCUGACCGUUCAGGAUCCUCUACUUACUCGAACGCGACCAAUGGCACCGGCAACAACUAUCCCUCUCUCACCUUCCUGACCUCGUCCUCGCAACCCUCGCCGAACCGUGGCCAUGUCGCACCCGAUCGCUCCCCCUACUCGCACGAGCAGUCGACCACCCCGUCCUCGGCGGGCGGGAACCACCCGUCUCCCAGCUUCAACACCUCGCAACCCAACCCGGCGCUCCCGUCCUUGAAUCAAAAUUUCGAGGCGUCCUCCCACCGCGGCAGUGUCGUCGAGGCGCCCGAGUCGCGACGAAGCAGUGUGGAUAGUCGUGUCAACCAGGGCAUCAGCUCCUUGGUCAUCAACCCCGCCUCUCCCUAUCACAGUACGAAUGCUUCCCAGUCCUCGAUCGUCUCGAGUUUACAGCGUGAGCGCGGCAUCUCCAACGACAUGAAUUCAUACCGUGGUCCCCGAUACUCCAGCGGCAGCCAGCCAUUAUCUCCACUGGGCCCUCGUCCAGGAGAACACCGCUCCUUCGCCGCUGGACGGACUGCGCCGGCCAUCUCCUCGAACCCGCGCUCCGAGAUCUACAAUGCCGAGGCCCCCACCGCCGGUAUGGCCUAUGCCUUUCCAGAUCCCGACGUCGCUCGAUCAAGCUCCAUUUCGUCUGCGGAGAAGUCCAACCCACCCUUCUCUCGGAAGGGAAGUACGGCGGAGUCUCUGAGCAGCAUGUACUCGGAGCGCAUGCCGCGAGGUCAACAUGAAUUACCACCCAACGUCCAUCAUCACACUUUGCAGCACAAGCAGGUCCGCGACCUGAUUGGAGAAUCCGAAUCGAACGGCGGCAAUACGCCGUACAGUCGAACGCCCGAAUUGCGUGUCACCCACAAGCUUGCCGAGCGGAAACGUCGCAGUGAGAUGAAGGAUUGCUUCGAAGCCCUCCGCAUGCGCCUUCCUCAGACACAAAACAACAAGUCGAGCAAGUGGGAGACGCUCAGUCGCGCGAUUGAGUAUAUCAAUUCGUUAGAGAAGAACCUGGCGAGCGCUCGCCGGGAGAAUACCGCCAUGCGUACCGAGAUUGAAGAGAUGCGCGCCCAAUUUGCCCAGCAGCAGCAAGCUCACAAUCCCUCGCGGCCGGGAUCGAUAUUCGAACAUCAUCCCAUGGCGACGACGCCCACAAAUGGUCAUCCACCCGGUCCUGCAUUUGGUGGCUUUGGCAACGGCCCGGUCAUGGUUCAGGACCAACCUCGAACGCUACCACCGCUCAUGAAUGGCGCCUCGGCUCCGAUGCAGGGCAUCCAGUAUACCGAUGAGCGGCGGUAA